GCAAAUGUUCCUCUGGUAUACAGGCAAGUGUUCCUUUGGUAUACAGAAAAGUGUUCCUUUGGUAUACAGGCAAAUGUUUCUUCGGUUUACAUGCAAUUGUUCCUCCGGUAUACAGGCAAAUGUUCCUCCGGUAUACAGGCAAGUGUUCCUCCAGUAUACAGGCAAGUGUUCCUUUGGUAUACAGCCAAAUGUUCCUCCGGUAUACAGGCAAGUGUUUCUUUGGUAUUAAGGCAAGUGUUUCUUUGGUAUACAAGCAAGUGUUUCUUUGGUAUGGAGGCAAGUGUUCCUUUGGUAUACAGGCAAGUGUUUCUCCGGUUUACAGGCAAGUAUUUCUUUGGUAUACAGCAAAGUGUUUCUUUGGUAUACAUGCAAGUGUUUCUUUGGUAUACAGGCAAGUGUUUCUUUGGUAUAAAGGCAAGUGUUCCUCCGGUAUACAGGCAAGUGUUCUUUCGGUUUACAGGCAAGUGUUCCUUCGGUAUACAAGCAAGUGUUUCUUCGGUUUACAGGCAAGUGUUUCUUUGGUAUACAGCCAAGUGUUCCUUUGGUAUACAGGCAAAUGUUUCUUCGGUUUACAGGCAAGUUUUUCUUUAGUAUACAGGCAAGUGGGUUUUUUUUGUAUACAGGCAAGUGUUCCUCCGGUAGACAGGCAAGUGUUCCUUCGGUAUACAGGAGUAAUCAUUUCUAUACUCGACAAUCCUCCCACAACAAAUAAUCAUACGAAACAAGUCAACGUUGCCUUUCCGGAACAAGACAUUGCCCUCCAGAUAUUGGUUUAUGGGUCGUUUUUGAACUACGUCGUCAGUUUUGGCCAAGGUGUGAAGCGAGGUGGUAUCGAGGGACUACUCGGAAAUUUAAACCAGGAUCCUAAGGAUGACCUGGUUUCCCAAACUGGCGAUGUCUUACUCUCCAAUUCGUCUACCGAAGUUAUACACAACAUGAUGGGCAUGUCAUGUAAGUGGUGCGAAUUCUGUCAUUUAUGUUGAACCCUGAUGAAUAGC